AGGCGGGGAGGCUGCGGGAGAGUCUGGCGGGGGGAGAUCCAGACGUACCCCGGGCGAGUUGGGGACUCUUUCCGUGUAAAGAGAGAUACAGAAACUGGAAGUCAAGGCAAAAUUUUCUUUUUGGGGAAAAAAGAGCAGAAUAACUUGCAGGGAUCCGUCCUGGGGCACCAGAAAUGGUCCCGUGAAGAAAAAGGCACCUGGAGACCCACCAGAGUCCUUGGACCCAUCUGGAGUUGCUCUGCAGGACAGAGAAAGGAUGGAGACACAACCUUUUGCCAAGGAGGGAAGCGGAAAAGGCCCUUCGGCUGCUCAGCCUGAGAAGGGAGGGGAGCUCUGGACAAAGACUGGGCAGAAGAUCCUGGAGGAGGAAACCAUCCACCCUUCAGAAGUUCAGCUCUGUCAUUUCAUCCAAUACUGGGAGGCUGAGGGUCCUCGGGGGCUUUGCAGUCGUCUCCAUGACUUUUGUAGGCGAUGGCUGAGACCAGAAAAGCACACCAAAGCCCAGAUGCUGGACCUGGUGGUUCUGGAGCAGCUCCUGCUCCUUCUGCCCCCAGAGAUGAAGAGCUGGAUUCGGGAGUGUGGAGCAGAGAGCAGCUCCCAGGCGGUGGCCCUGGCUGAAGGCUUCCUCCUGAGCCAGGCAGAGGAGCAGAAGGAGCAAGUCGAGUUGCAGUGCUGCACUGUGGAGAUCAGAGAUCCUGAAGGAAAGAGGACUCUAUCAAAUCCCCCUCAGGAGCUAUUUUUCAGGAAGAUCCCUUGGGAAGAUCCAAGUCGGGACAUCUCAGGAGAGAAACACAGAAUGAAGUUUUCUGUUUUUUACGAUGGAGCUCAAAGUGUGAUUGAACCUCCAAAUCAAGAGAGUCUGGUGUCCUUCAAGGAGGUGGCUGUGUAUUUCUCUGAGGAGGAAUGGUCUCAACUGCUUCCUGAUCAAAAAGUACUCCAUUCUGAAGUCAUGCUUGAAAACCAUAGGAAUGUGGUCUCCCUGGGUAAUAAUGGGGAGGAGAAUCAAGAUUCCUCUGAACUGUUUCAAGUGAUAAAUGCUAAAGAUGGAAUGGAGAAAUGUGGAUUUCGAAUGGAAUUCAAAAACCAUGAGAGAAACCAGUCAAAUAAUUGGAAUCAGAAAAGCUCAUCUUCCACUGAUGCUCCGAUGCAAGACUUUCUUGCCCAACAAGAGAAAAUAAGAAACAAAUAUAUUGGGAAAAGUGAGAAGCUAAUCAAUGAUAAAUUACAUGUAAGCGAACACUAUUUAACCCAAAACAAAGGAGAAGACACUAUAAGACACAACGGACAAAAUUAUAAUGGAACAUUCAUUUUUUCUCUUAGAAAUGAGUCCUUCACAUCUCAAAAAGUGAUUCACACAAAAAAUAACCCUAAUGAAAGUUUGGAAUCUGGAAAAUAUUUUAGAACAAGGAGGCAACCUACUUCCCCUGAAAGAAUUCACACUGGGGAGAAACAAUGUUCAGAAGCACCUGUAGCCCAUGCAGCCCAGUCCCUCCAAGCAGCAGGAGAGAAACCCUAUAAAUGCAUAGAGUGUGGAAAAACCUUUAUUCAUAACAAUGGUCUUAAAAACCACAAAACAAUCCACACAGGAGAGAAACCAUAUAAAUGCAUGGAAUGUGGAAAGACCUUUGCUCUGAGCAAUAGACUUGCUGUGCAUAAAAAGAUCCACACAGGGGAAAAGCCAUUUAAAUGUAUGGAGUGUGGGAAAACCUUUACUCAAAGUGGUCAUCUUAUUUCCCAUAAGAUGAUCCACACAGGGGAGAAGCCAUUUAAAUGCAUAGAGUGUGGAAAGACCUUUGCUCACAGAGGUAAUCUUAUUUCCCAUCAGGUGAUUCACACAGGGGAGAAACCAUAUAAAUGCAUGAGUUGUGGCAAGACUUUUGCUCGUAGCGGUCAACUUAGAAACCACAAAAAGAUCCACACAGGGGAAAAGCCAUUUAAAUGCAUGGAGUGUGGAAAGACCUUUACUCAAAGAGAUAAUCUUAUUUGCCAUAAGAUGAUCCACACAGGGGAGAAGCCCUGCAAAUGCAUGCAAUGUGGUAAAACGUUUACUCGUAGCUAUGAACUUAAGAUCCACAAAAAGAGACACACAGGCGAGAAACCAUAUAUGUGCAUGCAGUGCGGGAAAACCUUUACUCGUAGCUACGAACUUACUAUUCACAAAAGGAGACACAUGGGAGAGAAACCAUAUAAAUGCUUGCAGUGUGGGAAAACAUUUACUCGUAGCAAUGAACUUACUAUCCAUCAAAAGAUCCACACGGGAGAGAAACCAUAUAAAUGCAUGGAGUGUGGAAAAACUUUUGCUCGUAGUGGUCAACUUAGAAACCACAAAAACAUCCACACAGGGGAAAAACCAUUUAAAUGCAUGGAGUGUGGGAAAACCUUUACUCAAAGCACUGGACUUAGAAAACACAAAACCAUCCACACAGGGCAGAAACCAUAUAAAUGCAUGGAGUGUGGAAAGACCUUUGUUUAUAACAGUAGUCUUACUAACCACAAAAAGAUCCACACAGAGGAAGAACCAUUUAAAUGCAUGGAGUGUGGGAAAACCUUUACUCAUAGCAAUGUACUUAGAAACCACCAAAAGAUCCACACAGGGGAAAAACCUUUUAAAUGUAUGGAGUGUGGGAAAACCUUUACUCAAAAAGGUCAUCUUAUUUCCCAUAAGAUGAUCCACACAGGGGAGAAGCCAUAUAGAUGCAUGGAGUGUGGGAAGACCUUUGUUCAACGUAGUCAUCUUGUUUCCCAUAAGAUGAUCCACACAGGAGAGAAACCAUAUCAAUGCAUGCAGUGUGGUAAAAACUUUACUCGUAGCUAUGAACUUACUAUCCACAAAAAGAGACACACGGGAGAGAAGGCAUAUAAAUGCAUGCAAUGUGGGAAAACCUUUACUCGUAACAAUGAACUUACUGCCCACAAAAAGAUCCAUACAGGAGAGAAACCAUAUAAAUGCAUGCAGUGUGGGAAAAACUUUACUCGUAGCUCUGAACUUACCAUCCACAAAAAGAGACACAUGGGAGAGAAACUACAUAAAUGCAUGGAGUGUGGGAAAACCUUUAUUCGUAGCAAUGAACUUACUGCUCACAAAAAGAUCCACAUGGGAGAGAAACCAUAUAAAUGCAUGGAGUGUGGAAAAAUCUUUACUUGUAGUAAUGAACGUACUGCUCACAAAAAGAUCCACAUGGGAGAUAAACCAUAUAAAUGCAUGGAGUGUGGGAAAACCUUUACUCAUAGCAGUGUCCUUAGAAGCCACGAAAAGAUUCAUACUGGAGAGAAACCAUAUAAAUGCAUGGAAUGUGGAAAGACCUUUGCUCUGAACAAUAGACUUACUAUCCACAAAAAGAUCCAUACAGGGGAAAAGCCGUUUAAAUGCAUGGAGUGUGGAAAGACCUUUGCUCAGAAUGGUAAUCUCUCUUCUCAUAAAAGGAUCCACGCUCGGGAGGAAGCAUGUAGCAAUAGAAAUUCCACUUCAGACUUAUAUCCCACUCCACAAAGCUUUAUAGCAGUCUUUGAGCAGUUUACAAAGUCAGCAUAUUGUCCCCAGAAAUCUGGGUCAUCCUUUCACUGAACUGAGAAAAUUAAAAGACUGAAUGAACGAUGAGCCAGUCAGAUUGAAAUCAACUUUUCCUCCAUUUUGAAACUGGAUUUCUUUUUUCUUUUUCAUUCAGAGCCUUCAGUGGGCACAACAGCUGGGUCAUCCACAGUGUUCAUCAUAAGAGACUCGAGUCUCUGCCCAUUCCACUUGUCUUUCAAUGUCAAGCUAAGCAAAUAAUUUGAAUAGGGCACUUUUAUGUAUUCAAUUCAAGAAA